GUUUUGUACCUGAAUACAUUAUUAGUAGUCUCUCGGCCAUUGCAAUUAUGGGAGAUUCGCCCUAUGGUCUCUGCGAAAAGAUAAUUUGGUUCUUUCGAUGUUUUGGGUGUCCCUUUGAUGGGCUGUUUUACUCCUUCAACGUAAGAGGUGGAAAAAAAUCUUGCUGUUUAUAUUGGCUUUCAGCCAAUUAUUUUAAGUUAGAAAAUAACGAUGGAACAUACCGUCAUCCAAAAUACAGACCUUUUGGAUUUUAUGCAAUGAAACUGAAAGAUAAAGAAGAUAUAAAGGAAUACGUAAAACAAUGCACAGCAAGAUUACCCGUGCUAGAAAGAUUUUCUUUAUUGAUUACAUCAUACUACAUAAUAGUUGGUGUAAAAGAAGGAAUUUCCAUGAUAAAAGGAACAAUCGUUUGUAAGGAUUGGGCAUAUUUGCCUUUAUUAUUUUCCUGGACCCUUUUUUCAAUUUGGAAAAGAGGAAUAUACGGGAUUCAAGUAGUUAAAGAUCCUAAAGAAGUUUUUAAAAAAAAUAUAGAAAUUAUUGUGAAUGACAAUCCUAUAAAUAAAUCAUUUCGACUUACGAUAACAGCUUUAAUAUCAAUAGUUGUUCCUUGGGUGACAGUACUUAUCGUCUACCUUACACCCCCAGUUGGAUAUUUUUGUCGCAGCAAAUAUGUAACAGUAAUCAGCUCCAUCUGGUCAUUUAACAGUGCUUUGGCUUUUUUUUACCAUAUGAAAGGAGAAUGUGAUUUAAUCAUGUCUGAGGAAAGUGAUUCUGAGUUCGUGUCUGAGGAAAGUGAGGAAAGUGAUCCUGAGAAAACUGAGGUCGAGUCUGAGAAACGUGAACCAGCGAAAACUGAGAAACGUGAUCCUGAGAAAACUGGGAAAUUUAAAGGCAUAAGGAAGUUCGCUAAGAAAUUGAAAAGGAUGAGGUGUUUACAUAUAUGGUUUUCCAUGAGUGGAUUGAUAGUGUCAAUUCUCGUGUUAUUUCUAGGAAUUUUUACCGGGUAUAACACAUUGUGGGUUGAUUUAUUCGGGGAUGCUUGUGAUUUGUCGAGCGUAGGAUGCUAUUGA